UAUUAGAGUCAUCCUCUCACGAGGUUCCGGUCGCACAACGCGAGAUGGCCUGCAUCAUGUUCGUCGCCAUCUUGUACACCACAUGACCUCGUUGGCGUGUCCCGUGACCAGCUCACGUGAAUUUUGACAAAUUCAAACGUUUUUUUUUUUUUCGUGGCGAAGAAAUGGACAUUUUGGGACAGCAUAUCGAGUCGCAGGAUGCAAGCGCCGUAAAGGACGACAAUGGUACGGGGAUUGUUAUAGAGGAAGCGGAAUUCGUGGAUUGCGAAGGAGAAACUGUCGGGGAGGAUGACAUGCGUUACCAGGAAGCCUUAGCGUACAGGGUUGUUCAAGUGAACAGCACGGCUGCUAUACAGUCGGCCAACGAGAUAGAACUACCAGUAUCACAGCCAGGGAGCAACACUGUGCAAGUGCUAACCUCACCUCUGAACGGGCAGUUUUACAUCGUCGGGAAUGCCAACGAUGUUUUCACCACAGCGCAGACAUCUAGAUCCCUAGUGCCAAGGGCGACUACGUUGCAAAUAGAAACGUCGAGGAAUUGCACCACUGGAUUGAAGAAGAGAGACGACAGAAGGAGGGCAACGCACAACGAAGUCGAGCGUCGGCGUAGAGACAAAAUAAACAAUUGGAUCUCGAAGUUGGGCAAGAUCAUACCCGAGUGCAAUGUGGGCACAACUACUAACGGUAGCGGCAACAGCGGGGAGGGGAAGGCGAACUAUGAGACUCAGAGUAAAGGAGGCAUCUUGGCGAAGGCUUGCGAGUACAUAGGGGAGUUGCGUGCAACCAAUCAAAAUCUCAACCAGUGUCUGCGGGACAACGAGAAGCUGCGGCAGGAGAUCACUGCGUUGAAGCAGCUGAUAAACCAAUUGAAGCACGAGAACCAUCAACUCAGGUCGCAGAUCACAAGCACGACCGGCAACUCUGUCGAAGUUGUACACCUGAGUCCUUAAGCUUCCUCUAAUUCGUAAGACAGUUCUUUCUGUAAAUACUAGGACUUGCGAGUUGUUUCUCCUCGCACGGAAUACGUACACUUGAUUCAUCGUGCGCGUCGUUCGUUCCCCCUUAUGAAAGGUAGGAAAUCCGGAGAAGUGCUCGAAAAAGCGAGAGCACAAACGGGACACCGAGUGUACGUAUGUAUGAGUGGUCUGGACGGCGCGCUCGAUUUGGGGAAGCGCCUAAUUUCGAUGUUGAGAGACGCGCGUGGUGCCGUGUUUGUCGAAUUUUCUGUUCUCUGACGUGACUGCACUAAACUUCGCAAAAUUACAGUAUUCCAAUUCGCUGUACAAAUAUCAAGUUGGGUGCUUCUAAGUGAUCAAGUCAUAACUGCACACAGUCACAAUCUCACGUCGGCAUUUGUACAAACUGUUCCCGUCACCAUUGGUCGAAAGCAUUACGAAUUUCCAUAGACCUUAGAUUUUCUCUGGCGCGAAAUGAAUUAGCAACGAGAGGAAUAACGAAGAGAACUUUGUAUUGUUAUGUAAUUACUUUGUUGCGUAAGAUACGAAAUGGUUGCGAUGUCUAGAAAGAUUGGCAACCCUCUUUGGGGUCAGACAGUCUGUAUCAAUUGUACAAGAAUCUAGAGUACUAUAGUUAUAUCAAUGAUUAUAUAUAUUUAUUAAAAGUUUUUCCAGAAAUUUUUGGAUAUGUUUUUAAUCGCGUAUUGAAUAAAUCUAAUAACAUGGUAGACGAUGAAAUUCAUGGUAUCGGUAACAGCCGUGUAGUUAUGACUGUUAUCUGGAAGGCCUGUGAACACGGAAAUGACAUUCGCAAAACAGGUCAAUCGUAACUGGUAUACGUGGGCGAGUCAAGGCUGUGAAUGUUGAAGGGUCAGCGCGUGGUCUCUUUAUUUUUCUUUUUUCAUUAAAAAUUGAAGAGAAAAAUAAUUCGAGCGGUAUAGUGCAGCCCGGGAUUCACCUUUGAAGAAGAGCGGAUUUUUGUUGACUAAUUGACAGUUAUGUGACUGUGGUGUGCAGAGAUCGUUGAACAUUUUUUAUUUUUAAUACUGUUUUCGUAGAUGAUACCUAGGACGAGUUAAGAUCGAAAUUGUACAAUAUAGAUUAACUACAUACUUACGAGUGUGUAUUUAUACAUAUAAACACAUAGGAUGUUUCAUUAUUAAUGGCGUUCGUUUCAGAGACAGGGAUUUAAAGGGAUAAGGAACCGACAGAAAGAUCCGCACGAAAUAUGCGAAAUUAAACAUGUCUUUUGUAUUUUUCGUGCUUACAAAUAAUGUCACAUAUCGAAAGGUAAUUAAGAUGUGUGCCAACUUCGUUUCUGAAUUCUGGAUCCGUUUCUGAGAUGGAUGCCCGCGCCCUUAUUCUGUAAUUUUUAACGUAUAUACGUUACACUUCAUCUCCGCGCGGGCGAGAUAUAUCACGUUUAAAUAGCUGUGCAACGAUACGUUAACGAAAGUUUCGUUACAAGUUACAAAAUAAGGGGGCUAAUGAGAAGUCCCGUGUAUGUGGAUGGACAUACACACGUGCAUAGAUCUGUGCGCACGUGGCAAUAAAAUAUUUUUUUCAAUGCGAGUUCGAUUCUGCGGGGAAAACAAGCAAGGGAGGGAGGGAGGGAGGGAGGGAGAGAG